CUGUGUAAUGGUCACAUGAUGAAAGAGUUGCUUCGUCUGGAUUUUAGUCAUUCCUUAUCAGUAUUUAGAUUGUAUUUCAGUUUGCCUUCCUGAAUCAGACUACUGUGUAUGUGCGUGUGUUUGUUCUCCAGUAUAGAAUGUGUGGCGUCUUACCAAAUAGUCAUGUCGAGUACGAAAGUUUGCAAGAUGAAACAGUACAAAUUAUUGAAGACGAAGUCCUCGUAAAAUGUUGGGGGUAUAAAUGUAACUGUGCCAAAACAUUCUUGUUUUAUAUUUCAUCGAUUUUACUUGUUGGAACGCCUUAUUUAGUGCUUCAUUGGUGGUCUCACUACGAGGCCUACCUAAAAUGUUCAAGGUGUUCAUUAUCAGACGCUGACCAUGUACUUCUUGAGUCCGAAGGGCAGAAAUAUUUUCAUGCAGUGGUUACAACUGAUGGCAUUUGUAAUGAUUAUGCCAUUGGUCAAUUACGAUAUUUUAUCCAUCAGGAACUGAAGUUCAUAUGGAGCAGUAGCUUAAACAGAUUCUAUCGACUGCAUGGACUGGAUGACCAGAGUCUAACGUUGUCUGAAAUUCUGGAUGGAAGCAAAGGUCACAAUUCUGAAGUACGGCAACAGAUGUGUUUCCUGUAUGGUGAAAAUACCAUGUCAGUGAAAGUCAAGUCUUAUUGGUCAUUGUUUGUGAAUGAAGUUGUGAAUCCAUUUUAUAUUUUUCAAGUCUUCAGUAUUACUUUGUGGUCAUUAGAUAAUUAUUAUUAUUAUGCUGGGUGUGUCCUCCUGCUAUCAGCACUUUCUAUUGGAAUAUCUUUGUGGCAUACCAAACAGCAAAGCAUUUCACUGAGCAAACUUGCUGAGGAAUCCUGUUCAAAUAAAGUGACUCUACAAUGUGAAAAUGGAAAAUGUGUGGAGGUUGAUUCAAAAUAUUUGGUCCCAGGUGAUGUGAUCAUAAUUCCACAGCAUGGAUGCUUGAUGUCCUGUGAUGCCAUCUUGUUGAGUGGCAGUUGCAUUGUAAAUGAGAGCAUGCUUACUGGGGAAAGUGUGCCUGUGACAAAAACCCAGCCUUCGCAUUCAGAUGCUGUGUACAGUCUGCAAGAACACAAACGGCAUACUUUGUUCUCUGGCACUCGAGUUCUGCAGACACGGUUUUAUGCAAAUCAUCAGGUUUCUGCUCUUGUAGUUCGUACAGGAUUUUCUACUCUAAAAGGCGAAUUAAUCCGAUCCAUCAUGUUCCCUAAACCCAUAGGGUUUAAAUUUUAUCAAGAUUCUGUGAAGUUUAUAUUGGUUCUCUUCGCAAUUUCUCUUCUGGGAAUGGCCUUCUGUAUCUAUGUAUUCCUGAGGCAUAAAGCGACCUUGAAAGAGCUGAUAUUGCGGACAUUGGAUGUCAUCACGAUAGUAGUUCCACCAUCGUUACCAGCUGCCAUGACAUCAGGCACGGUUUAUUCACAAAAUCGUUUGAAGAAGCUGGGUGUGUUUUGUAUUUCACCUCCCAGAAUUAAUGUUUGUGGAAAGAUGAAAGUUAUAUGUUUUGACAAGACAGGAACCCUGACAGAAGAUGGUUUGGAUAUGUGGGGUGUUUUACCUUCGAAUGAUGCAAAAUUUGAAGUGGAACCAGUUCUUGACAUUAAAAAGCUUCCUUACAAAUGCCACUUAGUAACAGCAAUGGCUACAUGCCACUCACUCACCCAUUUAGAAGGCAAUCUUGUUGGAGAUCCACUUGAUGUCAGCAUGUUUGAAGCAAUAAAUUGGGAACUAGAGGAACCAGCUUCUGAUACUGCACGUUUUGAUAAUCUUGCUCCCGCUGUAGUCAAACCCAGGAUCCUGUGCUGUGGGGAGGGAUCUUUCCUCAUGACACCUUUCAAUGAAUCUGAGAUUCCAUAUGAAGUUGGGAUUCUACGUCAGUUUCCUUUCACAUCUGCAGCUCAGUGCAUGUCAGUCAUCACUAGAGUUCUGGGCAGCAAGUUCAUGACAGUUUAUUGCAAAGGUGCCCCAGAAAAAAUUGUUAGCCUGUGCAGGAAAGAAACUGUGCCACGGGAUCUACACAGAGUGCUUACAAAUUAUGCCUCUGGUGGCUUCAGAAUUAUAGCAUUGGCAUAUAGAGAUUUAGAUCCCAAGUUUUCAUGGUCCCAAGCACAACGAGCCAGAAGAGAAGUGAUGGAAUGUGAUCUUACAUUUCUUGGACUUCUGAUGCUGUGUAACAGCUUAAAGGCCGAGACACUGGGUGUCAUUCACCAUCUACAGACAGCUAAAUUACGGUGUGUUAUGGUUACAGGCGAUAAUAUUCUUACAGCAGUCAGUGUGGCAAGAGACUGUGGCAUGGUACUACCAUUAGAAAAUGUUAUCCAGGUUGUAGUUACUCAAUCUGAAGAUGGUGAAUCUGUGUCAUUAAAACUGAAGCCCAUUGGAGGAGGCUUGUAUCCUGAAUCACCAAGGAAUGAUUAUAGUAGUGAUGCUCUUAUUACCUUGGAUCUGGGUGCUAACUGGCAUUUCGCUGUUGAUGGACACUCUUGGAAAAUGAUUAAUGAUCAUUACCCAUAUCUUGUUCCACAAAUUGCAGCAAAGGGAACCAUAUUUGCACGCAUGUUGCCUGAUCAAAAAGCUCAGUUGGUUGAAUCACUGCAGAACAUUGACUAUAUUGUGACAUUUUGUGGUGAUGGUGCAAAUGACUGUGCUGCCCUGAAGACAGCUGAUGUUGGUGUGUCAUUAUCUGAGGCAGAAGCUUCUGUAGCAGCACCAUUUACCUCAAAACAUGCUAACAUUGAAUGUGUUCUGCAUCUUGCACGUGAAGGGCGAUGCGCUCUUGUUACUAGUUUUGGGUUAUUCAAAUACAUGGCACUUUAUAGUUUGAUCCAGUUUUUUUCAACUCUCAUACUGUAUAAUCGCAGUUCCAUAUUAGGAGAUAUGCAGUUCCUGUACAUAGAUUUAGUUAUCACAACAUCACUUACUCUAGUUAUGGGACUGACAGGUCCGUCAAAGAAAUUAGUCCCACAGAGGCCUACCGGGAGCUUAGUAUCACUUGCUAACAUAGUGCCAUUAACAAUUCAUGUUAUGUUAGUGGCAUUGAUGCAGAUAGCAAGUUUACUUUUUCUUACCCAACAAAACUGGUUUGUGCCCAUUGAUCCUUCAACACCGGGGGAGCAUAUUUUGUCUUGGGAAAAUACGACAGUAUUUUGUACAAGUUGUUUUCAGUAUUUAGUACUUGCAGCAUUAUUUUCAAAAGGCCGCCCACAUCGUACACCAUUUUACACAAACUGUCUGUUAACAACAUUACUCAUAACACUUGGCAGUUUUACUACAUGGUUGUUAGUGUAUCCCUUAAAACCAGUAGCAGAGUUUUUUGAAGUGGAAUCACUUUCAGAUGUUGAAGGUCAGCAGAUGUAUAGAUUAUAUCUACUGGGAUUUUCUGCAGUUCACAUGAUCUUAGCAUUCCUUGUGGAGACCUGUGUGGCAGACAAGAAGUGGAUGAAGACAUUUCUUCAUUGCAUCACAAGAAAGCAUGAACCAAAAAGUAGAUAUAAGAAAGUAUGUCUUGAUAUGGCUACUAAUGAUACGUUGUUAAAUUAUGUUGAUUCGUAGAGACAGCUGAGUAGUGUGUAACUACUCAUAUCUUACAUUUAUGUUUUUUCUUUGUUUUAUAAAAUCUCCAAAGUAUUUCAACCACAUAGAAACCAAAGAAUUUUGGUGUCAAAAAUGGGUUGUAUUCAAAUAUUAUUUUAUAAGAAAGAAUUAAUAUAUUAUAUAGUAUUACAUGAAUCUUUAAAUAUAAAUUUUAUGUUGAUCAAUCAGUGUGAAUCUUAUAAGUAUUUUUAAUCUGAUUUUGUCAAUUUGUUAUCAUGUUCUGUAGCAAACAUAUAGUAGCUGUUGAAGUCAUUCAGUUGACCUAAGGAAAAAAAUUUAUUCCAUAGAAUGCUUAUUUUAACUGUGAUGAUUUCAUAACUGUUUGUCGAACAUUAUGCUCAGUCUUGUCAAGACAGGGCUUGAAAAAUCAGAUGUUAGCCACUUACCAAGUGCUGCCAUAAUAUGUAGAGAGAAAAUUAUAUUCAAUUUUGCUGAUACAUGUUAUGUGUUACUUGUGGGUUGUGUAUUUACGUCUUUAAAGACAUUAUGUUGUAGCUACACAGUGUUCCUGACAUUCAGUAUUUUCUGUAUAGUCAGUUUUAGUAUGAUGAUAUUUUGUUUCUUUUUAAAUUAUGACUGUGUGUAAUUAUCAGUAUUUACAGGGAAAGGUAUUUUUAAUCAUAUGAAAAGCUGCUACUAAACUAAAUACUUUUUGUGACUUUAGGGAAUCAUUCCAAGCUAUAUCUGUGAGAUUUUUAAUUUUUGCAUGUGUCAGUUGAAAAUUCUCUUGAUUUAUUUUCAUGCUAAAAUUUGUUAGUACUUUUGGGUUCUAUUUCUGUAUACUUUUUAUAAACACUUUAAUCAGUUGCUGGAGAAAAUUUUGUAGUUAUUUUAUGUUUCAUAGUGUUUAUUAUCUAUCAUUUUUAAAUGCAUAUUUUAAUUUUCUCUAGCAAUGUGAUAAUUCAUAACAGAAAUAAGAAGACCACAUGAUAUGCAAGAAAUAGUGUGUUUGUGGAAACUACUAAAACUAUAAAAACUAUUUUCUUAUCAUUGUUAGAUCUGUAUUUAUCUGAAUUUCAGACACCUGCACCAUCCAGUGUUAUAUUUUUAUUCUGCUCCUGCUCUAUUUCAUUCUGUUUUCUGCAUUUUUGUGUUCAAUUUUAAUAUGUCUUUUUGGUCUUACUGAUUCUUCCUCUGUGCUUUAUAUCAAGAACUUGUUGGUUAGUGCCAUUUUCUUCCGAUGAUUGAAUGCUUGCAGCUGUCAACGUUGGUUAUCUGUUUAACCUUAUCUGAAUCUCUUAUACUAUAUUCCUUGACAAUCUAGAAUUGUAUUCAUCUUGUGUUCCUUAAUGCCAUUGUCUUUUUUCAUGAUGUUGUCAGUAUACAACAGUAUUACCAACUGACUCUUACAUUUUGUCAUUGUUUCUGUUCUUCAUAUCGUUUACUGUAAUGUUUGGUAAGUGCAAUGAAAUUAUGUGAUGAUAGACUACAUGUGUAAUAUAAUAUUAUCCAAGUGCUAAAACAUAAAUACCAUUCUACAUUUUUUGAUUCAGCUAAGUAUUCUCAAUAACUUCAUCUAGAUAAAUAAUAAUGCAUCACCAUCUUGCCAUUUUUGAAUAAGCCUUUUGUUGCUCAUGCAUUUCAACUUCUGAAUCAUUCCUACACAACACUUGAUCAGAAAGAGAUUGGCUUGAUUAACCCAAAUUUUUGCUGGGUCAUGCUGAUUGUUGGAAGUUCUAAUUUCUAACAUUGAUCAUGUCUUGGUUUUUAAAGUUUUCUCUUUUCCAUUGAAUUUUUUAGCGAUGCUUUAUAGUCACCACUAGGCUUAAUAGAAGCAUAAUGUGUUAUGUUCAGAGUCCUAGUAAGGCCUAUGUAGCUCCUUCAUACAUGUAGAAUUUUUUGUACAUUUUUGUGUAUGAAAUAUUCACAGUGUGAUUUGAAUUGUUUGCAGUAAGGGAAGAUUAAAUGGCAAGCAUAAGGGGAAAAAAAUUAACAGCUAAGUGUUUGGAUAUGACAAUCAUUGUAGUCUAUGGGUCUACUUCUUAUCCUGAUAGUAUGUUGCUAUUCUUCCUGUUAUUGCUGGAAUUGUUUCACUCUCCUUUGAUACAUAUUCCAACUAUGUGCUCAGUUUUUCUUUUUGUAUGUGGACUGAAUGUGUGCUGAACAUACUGAUCUUUCUUAUAUAUCUAAGGGAAUUACACUUUCCUGGAGACAUAAGUGUCUCAACUUUAUCUUUGCUAAACAUAGGAGCUGAAGCAGUAAAUUAAAAUUUGUGCAUCAGCUGGGACCUUAGCUGUGUGACUACCACAGCUGCAUGGACUACCUAAGUCCAAUGCCUUCCCUAGCAUAAAUGUCAGCCCUUCCUUUUCAAAUGGAUGAGGAAAAAGGUUUUGAGAAAUUUUUAAACUUUUCUUUCAAAUACUUAAAAGAAGGAAUUCAAAAUUUAGUGACUCAUAAGAUUUUACACAAGGAAAAAUUGUGUUUUUAUUUGUUCUUAUUCUUCUAGAAGCAUACUGUUUACAUAUACACACUUUAAUCAUCCAUGCUGCCCACUGUAUCAGGCUUUAGCUAAUUGUCAAACAGGUGGGCUAUGUGACCUCCUCUGCCCACCCCCCUCCCCAUUAACUGUUCUAACAAUAUUUUGAUAAAUGUUAUAUUUAUGUAGCGUGUUGUAACUCAUAACUAUGGAUAUUUUCUAGGUGUGUCAAGUUGUUGGUAUUAUAAGUUCAUUCACAUUUUGUCUAUAUGUGCAAGUUUGAGAGGAUCAUCUAAAAUAAGCUUAUGCAAUGUAAAUGAUGGCUUCUGAGUGGCUUACACCAGUCUUCACUGUGGGAAUCUCUGGUUUUUCUAAUAGAUACAAUGCCUAUGAAAUGAAAUGUCUUAUGAAUAGGUAAUUUACAAAGUCAUCCUUCUGUUAUGUAGCGUCAUGGUUUGCCAAAAAAGGGAUUGUCAUCCUAUGAUUUCAUGAUGGCUAAGUUAAAGGAAGUUUUUUCUGGCAACAUUUCAUUUCUUCUAAACUUCUUAUCACAUUGUUUAACAAAAGUGUAAUGAAGCAGCCCUCCCAAAGGUAAUUAUUAAAAAUGCAAUGGCAAAGCAUUGCUCAAGGACUUUAAUUGAAAUUAAAUUGACAGAACCAACUGUUAGUAACAUUGUUAAGAAUAUAAGUUAAAAAAACAUUGAAUGCAAGAGAGAAUCCUUAUAAUUCAAUUUGUAAAUCAUUUUCAGUAAUGAAAGAGUGCAAUAAAUUGACUGGCAGCAUUGUCAUUAUGAUUCCAGUUUGUUAAAUUAUCUGAAGCAUGGGACUGUUUGUUCUUGAUUAUUUUUGACCUCUCAGUAAAGUGAAUAUUUCCUUAUUGAGGCCUUAUCACUGUCUUUUCUAAUAUUUAUGUUUUGUGCAUUCAGAUAAAAAUUAAGGCUUAAAUAUCCAGUUACUUCGACAUUCAAUGUUUGCUCUAAGCAUAACAAGUUAUAUUCCACUGCUGCCACUUAUCAGGUAUGUAAGGACACUCAAAAAUUAGAAAAAAUUCUUGAUAUAAUCAUUGUUGUAUGCUAAUUUGGUUCAUUUGUUGCCCAAAAAUCUCUCAUAAUCUAUAACUUCUCAAAGUCAGUUUUUUGUGCAAGAAAAUUUGAGGUGUAAUUUACUAGGAAAAUAGAUCAAUGAAUUUAUGUUAAUGAAAAUUUUGAAGAAAGGAAAUAGCAAACAUUUAAUAACUUAACUUUCUCUAAGAAUAUUGAGACAUUACUCUUGGAUUUUAAGUUCUUACCUAUCUCCCCUUUUCCCUUCCUCUUUACUGCAUUUUCUGCUUUAUGGAGUAUUGUCGUUUGUAGUUUCAUCAAAAUAACGUCGAUGUUGUUGCUAGUUUUGAUGAUGCAAUUAUUACCCACCUAGCACCUGUUUCACUUUUUUUGUUUUUCU